UUAAACAUUUGUUCGAAAAUUUAAUUAUUUAAAAGUUAAAAAAGAGUUAUUGAGCCAUUUGUAACGAUGACGGAAACAGAUGCUACGAACAGACCUUUAACGAUGCCUGAUACUUUUUUACCAUAUCUUGAAAAGCACAGAAUUUAUAAACUGUUCAAAGAUAUGGUACAGGAUCUCGUGAUCCACCUGCCGAAGGAUCAUCUAAAGCACAUGAAGGUUUUCGUCGGGCGACAUUUGCAUAACUCAAAAGAUAUAGAUAAGGUUAUCCUCUUGGUGUCACCGAAACUAAAAAUUGAUAUUAAAAAGCUUGUUCAUGAAAUGAUAAAGGAUCUUGGAUUUGUGGUUUUGACACGUCGAUGUUUGUUGGACCGUUAUGAAAAGCAUGAUAAAUACUUGCCCAGAUGCAUUUCACCGGAGUUGUUGUCAGAGGUGGCGAAAAAUCUUACUCUAAAGGAUCCUGUGCCUCAUUCAGGAUGGCUUAUGUUCGACCACCCAUGCUCAGUUCGGGAAGCUCAAUGUCUUCAACAAGAUGGAGUUCUUCCGACAGUUACCUUGGUUCUCAUUCCCUCACCACCAGUGGCUCAUGUAGAUGACGAUCCUUGGACUGCACCAAGAGGGUUUAACGAGCAGGAUUUUGAAGGACUUAAGUUUGUUUAUAAGUCUACGUUAAAGGAAGUCUACAUUGAUCCUGAAGAUGACCAUGAGAUACAAGGCAUGAAGUGUUUCAACGCAAUAAGAGCCUGUGCAUCUGGGGCUCAGGGGCCAAAACAAGGGGUGCACGCUAUAGGAGCUCCGGGAACCUACCGAGUAUUGUUAAUUGGACCUCGGGGGUCCGGAAGACGAACACAGGCCCGGACAGCUGCUAAGCAUUUUGACCUUGUCUGUUUGGAUUAUGACACGCUAUUCAAUGAAGCGAAAGUGAAACGUGAUGACGUUGGUGAGAAACUACGCAAGUUUGGCUGCAGCGUGGAAUUACGCGCAGAAAUUGUUAGACGACGUAUUGCAAUGAAGGAUUGCAUCGAUCAUGGUUGGAUAUUGACAGGUUACCCAUCUUCGGGCACCGACUUUGAAUUACUUGACCUGAUGCCGACACCACCCAAUCGGGUAAUAUUUUUGAAUGUCAAUGAGAAGAUUUGCCGAGAACGUAUUAAAGCACGCGGAGUGGACUGGUGCACUGGUCACGAAAUGCCGAUGGGAUCCGGGCCCAGAGUUGUAUCUCAGUUCGAUGAUGCGGAAAAACUCGAUGUCGAGCUGGACACAUUUUUUACGGAAACUCUGGCGGAACUGAGGGCAGCAUCUGGCAUAACUGCAGCUGAAAUUGAUGGGACUGAGCAAAUAGAUCAAAUUCAAGUUCGUAUCCAGGCUGCUAUCAUGGCAGCUCCAGCAUUCAACAUUGAAUAUUGUUCUCAAUUGCGGAAUGUAUGCGGCGACUAAAUAUACCAAAUUAAUUUUAUGUAUUACUGAGUUUACGUUAAUUUUUAUUUUUGCAAAGAUGUUACGUUUCUAACGUAACUUUCGGAUUUGGGUGAAAAAAUUAAAUAAAUAUAUUCUUAAUA